GGAUGUAUAAGACCUUUGAGAACGUGAUUUGAUACCACGUUUACUUUUCUGGGUUCUUCAUGUUCUGAACUCCAGGCAGUGUCUUGAACUAGCUGUGUUCUUUUCUGUAUUUUCGUUCUUGUUGUAGUUGCAAUGGCUCUCUCUGCAUUCUCAUUUCCUGCCCAUGUGAACUGGGCAACCGCUUCUGAUGCUCUCAAGUCUUCUUCCUUCUCAAGUCACUUUUUAACCUGGGGGGGAACAAAUCUGCUGUGCCCAUCUCAGCACAAGCUCAAUCAGGUCAGGAAAAGAUCAGGUGGGGCGUGUGCCUCACUAUCGGAGAUGGGGGAGUAUCAUUCACAGAGACCACCGACGCCUCUCUUGGACACCAUAAAUUAUCCAAUCCACAUGAAGAAUCUAUCAAUAAAGGAGCUGAAACAACUUGCUGAUGAAAUCCGGUCCGAUGUCAUCUUUAAUGUUUCCAAAACUGGAGGCCACCUAGGCUCGAGCCUGGGUGUUGUUGAGCUCACUGUGGCUCUCCAUUACGUCUUUAAUGCCCCUCAAGACAAGAUAUUAUGGGAUGUUGGUCAUCAGUCUUACCCACACAAGAUCCUGACCGGGAGAAGAGAUAAGAUGCACACUAUAAGGCAGACAAAUGGGUUAUCAGGGUUCACAAAGCGCUCAGAGAGUGAAUUUGAUUGCUUUGGCACCGGUCACAGCUCUACCACCAUCUCAGCAGGACUUGGCAUGGCUGUAGGGAGGGAUCUAAAGGGAAGGAAGAAUAAUGUAGUUGCUGUUAUAGGUGAUGGUGCCAUGACGGCGGGGCAAGCUUAUGAAGCCAUGAACAACGCUGGGUACCUUGAUUCUGACAUGAUUGUUAUCCUCAAUGACAAUAAACAGGUUUCUUUACCUACGGCUACUCUAGAUGGGCCCAUACCACCUGUAGGAGCUUUGAGCAGUGCUCUCAGUAGGUUGCAAUCUAACAGGCCCCUUAGAGAAUUAAGAGAGGUUGCCAAGGGAGUUACAAAACAAAUUGGUGGUCCAAUGCAUGAACUGGCUGCUAAAGUUGAUGAAUAUGCUCGUGGGAUGAUCAGUGGUUCUGGAUCAACUCUAUUUGAAGAGCUUGGAUUAUAUUAUAUAGGUCCUGUUGAUGGCCACAACAUCGAUGAUCUUACUGCCAUUCUCAAAGAGGUCAAAAGUACCAAAACAACAGGUCCAGUUCUGAUUCAUGUUGUCACUGAGAAAGGCCGGGGAUACCCAUAUGCAGAGAAAGCAGCAGACAAGUAUCAUGGAGUGGCUAAAUUUGAUCCAGCAACUGGAAAGCAAUUCAAAGCCAAGGCUCUUACACAGUCUUACACUACAUACUUUGCAGAAGCUUUGAUUGCAGAAGCAGAAGUGGACAAAGAUAUUGUUGCAAUCCAUGCUGCAAUGGGAGGCGGAACAGGCAUGAAUCUUUUCCUUCGUCGUUUCCCAACAAGAUGCUUUGAUGUUGGGAUAGCCGAACAGCAUGCUGUUACUUUUGCUGCAGGUCUGGCCUGUGAGGGUCUUAAACCGUUCUGUGUAAUUUACUCAUCUUUCAUGCAGAGGGCUUAUGACCAGGUAGUACAUGAUGUGGAUCUGCAGAAGUUGCCAGUGAGAUUUGCAAUGGACAGAGCUGGAUUGGUUGGAGCGGAUGGUCCCACACAUUGUGGGUCUUUUGAUGUCACCUUCAUGGCCUGCCUCCCCAAUAUGGUGGUCAUGGCUCCUUCUGACGAGGCAGAGCUGUUUCACAUGGUUGCGACUGCUGCAGCAAUAGAUGACCGGCCCAGUUGUUUUCGCUACCCAAGGGGGAAUGGGAUUGGUGUUCAGCUACCGCCGGGGAAUAAAGGCAUUCCUAUUGAGGUUGGAAAAGGCAAAACACUGAUAGAAGGGGAGAGAGUGGCCCUCUUGGGCUAUGGAACAGUAGUUCAGAGCUGUUUGGCUGCGGCAUCUUUAGUGCGAUCCCAUGGCUUAAGGCUAACAGUUGCAGACGCACGCUUUUGCAAGCCAUUGGAUCAUGCCCUUAUACGCAGCCUUGCAAAAUCACACGAGGUCUUGAUUACAGUUGAAGAAGGAUCAAUUGGAGGAUUUGGGUCUCAUGUUGCUCAGUUCAUGGCCCUUGAUGGCCUUCUUGACGGAAAACUAAAGUGGAGACCUCUGGUUCUGCCUGAUCGGUACAUUGACCAUGGAUCGCCUGCUGACCAAUUGGCUGAAGCUGGCCUCACACCAUCGCAUAUUGCAGCAACAGUAUUCAACAUACUUGGACAAACAAGAGAGGCGCUGGAGAUCAUGUCAUAAGAAAACUUAUGAGGUGAUCCAGCAGCUCGCUUUUCCAAAAAUGUACAAAUUAAAGCAACCCCAAUUUAUCAUUCUUUGAUAGUAUUGUCAUCAUAUAAAUGUAAGUUAGCCAAGCCCAUACAAAGAACAAAAUUGAAUAUCUUACAAGAAAACAAGGUUUAAAUA